GCAGGCCCUCGACUUGCCGAGGGAUCUCCUGCAGGAGUCCACCGGCCUGGCGGAGAUGGGCUGGUGCGGCCGGCUCGUCCAGCAGGGGCAGGUGCGCGCGGGCGAGAUGCAGAACCUGGCCAGCUACGCCAAGGACAUGUCCGAGUCCAUCCGCGCUGUCCCCGAGAAGAUACAGGUCAUGUUCGACAGGCUGCGCCCUCUGGCGAAGGCCUGGGAGCUGCUCGAGUCCGAGCCCAGCAUCGGCCUGGGUUCCGGCCGCCUGCCCCGCGAUGUUGAGGGCCGACCAGCGCGGGCGGAGGGCCACCUGGAGUUCCGUGGCGUGGAGUUCGCCUACCCCGGCGGAGGAGGCCCCGUUCUGCGGGGCACCAGCUUCGAGGUCCUCCCUGGCACCACGGUCGGAGUCACAGGCGCAAGCGGAGGCGGCAAGUCCACCCUGUUCCGCCUCCUGGAGCUCUGGUUAACCCACGGGCUGGCGGAAUACUGUUGGAUGGGCUGGACAUUCGUUCCUACGAUCCUCAGUGGCUCCGGAGGCAGUUCGCUGCCGUCCCUCAGCGCCCGCAGCUGCUCAGCCUGCCCCUCUGGGACAACCUCACCCUCGGCUGCGAGGCCGACCCCCCGGUGGCGGCCGUCGAGGAGGCGUGCCGCGCCGCGCAG